GUCAUUGAAAUCGAAGGAUCCUCAAAUGCCUAUGCUCACUCGAAUCUUUAACUGCUUAGCCAGUUGGUGGGAUAAUACUGGCGUUAUGACUGAAGGCGAUGUACCCAUUUCCCCUCUACUGGAGACAGUCUUUUGCGUGCUUCGCAAUCCUGAAUCGACUCCCGAACCAACAUACGACGCUGCAACUCAGUGGGUCUUAGCUCUCCUCUACCAGUGCAGAAACUACUCCGGUACCUCUGGGGGUCUUCUCUCUUGGCUCCAGACCAAUAUUUACGAAUUGGUUAAAGUCGUACAAGACUGUGCCGCAGCCGUCGCCUCCAUUGCCAAUCAGUCGCAUCAGCAGGAGCGCGUGGAAUUGUACAAAGACCGAUGCACUUGCUUGGCCCACGUGUUCUCCUCCCUCACUCGAGCUGUUAGACCAUCUUUGGUUGGCCAACCCGCCGCCCCUGGUUCCGGCACCUACGGGGAUUUGCGCACACUGGAUUGUUUACUGGUAUUGUUGGAAUUGUCACCACCGCUUGGGAGCCGCGAGUUGGCUGCGAUCACGUUUAGCGCACUGCACGCGCUAGCAGACGAUACCAUUCGGCAUCGAUCCGUGAUUGCCUCACUUGCACCAAGCAAAUCCGGUCAUGAUAACCGAUUGGUUAGCCCAGGGGAUUCCGGCGCCAGUGGUCCUCGCCCCAUUGCAGCCCUGGUACCGUACUUCACACGUGUGAUGGUCGCACUCACUCGAUUUUGUCCCAGCAACACUUCCGAUUUGGAAAGCACAGAUGACCUGCGCGAUUUCCGUGAUGAUGUACACGAUUUGAUGCAAGACAUUCUGGCACUGGUUGGAGCGGAAACCAUAUUUGUUGAAUUGUACACACAUGUUCAACGACUUCAAAUGCUCGCGGUUUCCGCCAAUGCCCAAGUUACGCCAUCGGAAGUGCUUCGUGAGGCCGAGGCUUGUCUCUUCAUGAUGACCACGGUGGCAAAACGUCUUUCUCCCCACGACCCCGAGGGAAACAUAUCCGCACUGAUCUCGGGACUCGUCUUGCCUGGUUUGGCUGGGGCUUGCCCAUUUCCGCUGCAAGAGGUCGGCUGCAUGCUCUACAUGGAGCUGUCACAUUGGGUGGCUUGUCAUCCACAGUAUCGGCGUCAGAUUGUCACCCAGCUGAUCGAAAUCGUGGAGAAAGCGGCCGGUCUAGAAGCACACCAGCUACAGCCCGGUCAAAAACUCGCCGUUGGUGCUGCGCUCUCAGCACUGGGCUCCCUUUGCUCUGUGUACCGAGCCACUCCGUCCCCCGGUCUGAAUGGAAUGUCCGCAAGCUGGGAGUCCACCAGAACCGCACUGUUGGACGAACACUGGCAAGCCCUAGUUGAGCGUGUAGCAUACAACUUGCCUCGGCUAUCCUGGGUACCGGACUAUGACGCCACUCACUUCUUCACGGGUAUCGGACGUGGCCUACUCUCUUCCAUUGGAUCUGGUGGCGGCGGCGUUGAAUUUGACCCGGCCCCUGCCAGGCAGGCGCUACCCUCUCGCCUGGCUCAGAUAUGCAGUGUGUGUCUGGAGUGCUUAACAAGAUUAAUGGAUGGAAACGUUGCCAUCACCAGUGCGGACACACUUACCGACCCUCGUGUCUGGUUGGACUACCUGGCCGCCAUCUUCCGCACAUUCGCUUGUCUGCUGCGCCGCUUGGACGACGGGCCCAAACCUCAGUGGGGAGGUAGCGGGUCUGGUUCCGGUGUCACUGAAUUUGGCAGUCUCGCUUUGUCUGCUCAGAACUGCCUAUCCGAUUGUUUGCGGCUGGUUCGUGAGACCAUCUGGCCCGUCAUAGCCAGGGUUUUUGUGCAUUACGCUUCCCGAGGACUUCCAAUGGAACAUGCAUGUCGUUUGGUGCGAUUCAUUGUGCGUUGCUUCUCGGUCCACAUGCGCGACUUGCUUCCGGAUAUUGCGGAAAAGAUCGUGCUGGCUUACACAACCGGCGGCCAGCACUCUAGUUUCCUCUAUCUCGCCAGCGUACUUGUCGAUGAGUUCGGGGAAAUGGCCGAUUGUCGCGUGGGACUCGUUCGCGUAUUCGAAGCUCUUGGCGGGCCUACUUUGAAGAUGUUGGAGGGUCCAAACUUAGUUCAGCAACCCCAUACGGUUGAAGAUUUGUACAGACUUUGCACCCGCUUGGUACAGCACUGCCCAGCUGUGUUUCUUACCAGCGAACAAGUAGAUCUUAAUGAGCUGUGUAAUACAGCUGUACGAUACCUCAGUGUUUGUCACACUGGACCAAACACUGGAGUGUCGAACGAUGAUGUUGGCUCAAAUUCUCCUAACGGCGAUUCCAAUGGAUCAUCUGCCACAACCAGCGCCUCCGCAGCAGCUGCUCGCUUCUUCAUCGAUCUCUUGUUGUUCACUGGUGAAGCCUCCGAGGUGGCCCCAAUGCAAGUAGCUCAAACUUUGUCUUCUGGUGGUCAACUUGCUGCACCAUCUUGCCCUUCUGCCAUGGGCGCUCAGCGGGUUCUUGUCUGGCUGACCCACGUCGUCCCAAUACCCGGGUCUGAUAUAGCUGAAUGCGGUGGUCAACGUCUUGUCUCUGGAUGUCUCCAAGCAUGUUGCUUGGGACUUUCGGAAGAACGCAUUCCUGAGCUUGCUGACAUCCUGUACCAAUUGAAAGCAAUGACGAAGAACGAGCUUUUCCUUCAGUGGUUGACGACUGCUGUUGGCAGUUUACCCAUUCUCCGCGCUGAUGGACUGGUACACGCUACUGGAGAUCAGAUCGCGGAUUUUAAAGAUCUCGUGAUGAACUCAUCAAGAACCUCCGGCAUCAUCCAUGCGUUGACGUCAUUCUCCAGCCUGUUCCGGUGAUAUGUCCUCAUCGUCUUCGCCCUGUUGUCAUUCGUGACCAUCAGACUACCCUGUAAAGAGAACACCUCACAUCCUAGAGCCCACAGAUCUUGCCCAUCCGCUACCCACAAACUGGAAUGUUUUCAAACAGUUCCCCAUUUUGUCUAUUCUAAUUCGUACACGUCUGUCAUAAAGCCGUGUUGACGCUGGCGCUCCACCGCAUUCCCAAUGUUUUUGCAUUCGGCUCAUGAUUGUGUUUCCUUGAUUCAUUCCUUCGUUUGCUGGUUAUCAUGGUCGUCGUUGGUAGUGCUCUUCACAUGCACUCGCCUGGUUGAUGGACUU